CUCGACGACAUCGCGAAUGAAUAUAAUCUUAACACAGAACAAAGACGUGCAUUCAUGAUCAUAGCUGAACAUAGUUUACAGCAGCAUCCAGAACAGCUUAGGAUGUUUUUGGGAGGACCAGGAGGGACUGGGAAAUCCACUGUUAUCAAAGCAUUGACUGACUUCUUCUCGCGUCGUAGACAAGAGAGGCGGUUUAGACUGUCCUCUUUUACCGGCAUCGCAGCUAAGAAUAUCGCGGGUUCUACUCUACAUGCUCUACUGAUGUUGUCACAGCGUCCUCGUCGUGGUAAACCAACAAAAACGACAGCGGACUUGAUUACGAUGUGGCAGGGCGUUGAUUAUUUGUUUGUGGACGAAGUGUCGAUGAUCGGGUGUAAAUUGAUGCAUGAUGUAUCCGAGGCUUUACAGGUC